GUGACUCUGCACGUGACGCGUCACUAAUCCGGAAGCAGAGCUGAAUCACGAUGGUGUCUCUGAUCUGCACCAUAAAAGACCAUCUUGAUGAUGUGAACUGCUGCACGUUCUCCGCCUCGCUCCUGGCCACCUGCUCCACAGAUAAAACUGUGCGAGUUUACUCCACCCGAGACUUCUCUGAGCUCCCGUUCUCGCCGCUCUCGGGCCAUGGUUACGGGGUCCACUGCUGCUGCUUCAGCCCCUGCGGUCAGUACCUGGCGUCCUGCUCCACCGACGCCACCACUGUGGUGUGGGCGAUGGGCAGCGGGGAGAUCGAGGCCGUGCUCGAGCACCCGGGCAGGAGUCCGGUUAGAGUGUGUGCCUUUUCGCCCGACGCCACGUGUUUGAUUUCGGGUGCUGCAGACGGCACCGUGGCUCUUUGGGACUUCCCGUCCAGAACUCUGCGCAGGACCGGCUCUGUUCCUGACACCACAAUGGUAGCGUGUUCCUUUAGCCCCUGUGGGCAGCUGUUUGCUACAGGAACCACGUACGGAGACCUCCGUAUCUGGGACCUGGGCAUGAACCAGCUUCAUGCGGAGAAGUACGCUCAUGACCUCGGGGUCACCUGCUGCCAGUUUGCACCGCAGAUGAUGAAGGAAAAUAAUGCCGGUCAUGUGGUUCAGUACCGUUUGGCCUCCUGUGGUCAGGACAGCUUGCUGAAGGUCUGGCUGCUUUCUUGGAAUUACUCUGCAGGUUGUAAGAUGCAGCUGCUACACACACUGUCGGGUCAGUCGUCUGCUGUCCUGUGCUGUUGCUUCUCUGCAGAUGGACAGCUUUUAGUCUCUGGGUCUAUGGAUAAGUCUGUUGCAGUUUAUGAAGCAAAUGGUGGAGUCUUACUCUAUACCUUAAACCAGCACGAAAGGUAUGUAACAGCCUGUACAUUCUCCCCAGUUGCCCCCCUUCUAGCCACCGGCUCCAUGGAUAAGACAGUGAGUGUAUGGCGUGUGGAGGACGGCUGCAGCUCUCAGGGUGUUGUACCUGAUGGCAAAUCUCUCCCAGACGACGUCCCCUGCAGCUCACACCAAGCAGGCAGGAAGUGGCCGGGUCAUUCCAGGCUGACGGUGAGCGAUUGGUCGGAGGACGACGUGUCGUCAUGGUUACAGCAGGAGGGGAUGGAGAGCCUCAUCGACACGUUUAAAGCCAAUAACAUUGAUGGAGCAGAACUGCUGUCGCUCAGCAAGGAGAGCCUCAGCUCUGAGCUUCGUAUAGAGUCUUUGGGGUUGCGCAGUAAAAUUCUGAGGAAGAUCGAGGAGCUGAAGAUGGCGCCGGUAUCUGACGGCAUUCCUGACGAGUUCCUCUGCCCCAUCACGCACGAGGUCAUGAAGGACCCGGUGAUCGCCGCAGAUGGCUACUCGUACGAGCGUGAGGCCAUUGAGAGCUGGAUCAAAACUAAGAACCGCUCGAGCCCCAUGACCAACCUGCCCCUACAGACCACACUGCUGACCCCCAACCGCACACUCAAGAUGGCCAUCUGCCGCUGGAGCAGCAGCCAGUGAUCAGCCCGGUCGGUCCGAGCAGGACGUCCUAUAAUUAAUGCUGUAACGGCGCUGAAUCGCGUUUGCUGGGAGCUUGGAUCAAAACCGCGAGCUGGCUGAACUCAUUGAAAUCUUCCUCGACUGCGCCGUCUCAAGUUUAGCUCGUCAUUCUGUCCUCGUCUAGACGUCUGCGUGAUCCGUGAAACUCCACACGGGUAACGUUAGAGUUUCAGGCUGGAGUCUGUAGGAACCUUCUACAUUUCUUUAUCAGUAAUUAACCAUUUGAUCUUAAAUACAGUUUGAUUUUAAACAGAUUUUCAUACGUCGUUAAGAAAAAGUAAAGAAAUCUGUUAAGGCUGUCUAAAGAAA